GUGAUAUGGACUGGAUCGUGUGUGAAGGGGGGCAGAGAAGGUGGAGGGGGUUCAGACCGCGAGGGAGGGGAGGAGUUGGGUGUUGCCUCGGUCUUAGAGCUGAAGUCAGGAUUCUCAGUUCCCGUUACACACGUCGUGAGAUACCCGGCCCGCUCUCCUGCCGCCGUCCUCUAUCAAACUCUUCCUCCAAAAGACAUACGACUAAAGGACCACCAUGGGAGUCGAAGGCUGCACUAAAUGUAUCAAGUACAUGCUUUUCUUCUUCAACUUCAUCUUUUGGCUCGCAGGAGGCGUUAUCCUGGGCGUGGCCCUGUGGUUGAGACACGACCCCAAGACCAGCAACCUGCUGGAGCUGGAGUUAGAUGGAGCCCACGCCCCCAGCACCUUCUACAUCAGUGUCCACAUCCUGAUCGCCGUCGGCAGUGUAAUGAUGGUGGUGGGUUUCCUCGGAUGCUACGGAGCCAUCCAGGAGUCCCAGUGUCUUUUGGGAACUUUCUUCGCCUGCCUGGUCAUCCUGUUCGCCUGCGAGGUCGCUGCCGGAAUCUGGGGCUUCAUGCACAAAGACACGGUGUCAAAGGAGAUGAUCAACUACUAUGACUCUGUGUACGAGAAGGCCUCAACACAAACCCUCAUCACUGAACCCGAGAAGAGACAGGCUGCCGCUGCCGUGCUCAAGGUCUUCCAUGAGACGCUGAGCUGCUGCGGUAAAGGCCAGGGAACCUCCAUCCUGACGCAGUUGACGGACGUGCUCGGCCUCACCGAUCUCUGCCCCAGCUCCGGGACGUCAGUCGAUUGCCACAGGAGGAUCGACGAACUCUUCACAGACAAGAUCUACCUGAUUGGUAUCGCCGCCCUGGUGGUCGCAGUUAUUAUGAUCUUCGAGAUGAUCUUCAGCAUGGUGUUGUGCUGCGGGAUCCGCAACAGCCCAGUGUACUAAAGCGACGCAACAUCCCGCCGAUGAAGGAGGGACGAGCGCGCAGUCUCCCGUCUCGUUCUUUUCUCAUUUUCUUUUCUAAAAGCAGUAAAACGUCACAUAUAAUGCUUGCUGGAUUUUUAGUCGACUCUUUGAGAAGACAGCGUAGACCAUCCUCCAUUGAACGUUUUAAUUACACUGUCCCUUUUUUAUUUUUACAAAUGCUGUUAUGCAUAAUUGACCAGUGCUCUGCUAACCCUGAUAUGUAGAUAUUAUAUCACACAUGAAUGACGUCCACCGGUCCUGGUGCUCUAAUCCUUUCGUGAUUUUACUGCUUCCUCGCCUAUGAACAUGCUCUUAUACUCUUGGUUUAAUGGAUGUUUUUUCACUGUUUUAUGUAUAAAACUGUAUAUAAAUAUAUAUAUUAACAGUGCUUUAUGACUGCCGAAGCAUGGAAAUUGCAUUGCAGUAGACCCUUCUCCCCGUAUCCUUCCUGCACUCUGCUUGUCCGUCUCGCUCUCAACUAAACCAGUGGCGCCUCACCACGCCACGUAGGAGGCGAACACACACACACACACACCCCCUGUCCUACGAGUCCACUGUCCCGAUUCACAACCACGCCGCUGUGUGAUGUCGGCCGGAACUGACUAAAGAUGGAAUCUCAGUUAUUCUUGGAAGCUGGAACCAAAGUCAAAGUGACCCAAUGUCUGUUGUUUGGGCUCUGUGUCGAUGAUCCGUCUUCGGCUGUUUGUUGUUUCCUUGUGUGUCUAAAAGCCGUCGAGAGCUCAGUUGUAUAAAACCCUUUUUUAAGUCCGGCCUGGCCUGGCCUGGUUCUAGACUCUUGAGUCUCCACUGGCAUUGAACAUUUUGUCCAAAAGAAACGUUUCAACAAAAGGAGCGGCAGGAAGUUUAACUUCAUCACGCUUUCGCCCGACUGAGAAAUCAGUUUGAAAAUAUGUCUGUCAAACUUGUCUAUGAACCACCCUUUAGUGCGAUCUCUAUUAAAUAAAUACGAUUGAUCUAAAAAGAGAGAGAAAAAUCAAACGUAUUCAGGUUUUAUACAACUGUGCACUUAUUUGUGGAGGCAACUUGUUUAACACUAUAAUCUCCUAAAUCAGAGGACUCAAACUGAAACAUGACCCGUACCAUCUACACACGUCAUUGUACUAUCCCUCCGGCUCUGGGGCCCAUGCUAACCCAUUACCAUUCGUGGUUGUAACUAUUCCCGGUGCGGGGCUAGAGAAACGGGUCAAAAGCCCCGGGGUUUGCACUCGACGGUUGGCCCUCUUGCUUAGCUGUUGCUUUGGACCCGUAUGCAACCCAAAAAUAACCAACGGAUUGAGCUUGUGUACUUGGAUGUGCAUACAGAACAUGAACACCAGUGCAGAUCAAUCAAACGAUGCGUGAUAUGCAGUGGUCUUGAUUCUGUGUCUGCUCCCUUUAAUCCUGUUUUCUGACUGGUAAUACUUGUGCUGUGCACAUGAACAGCUCCAGUGUUGCACCACCAGUCAGUCCUACCCGCCCGCUGAAGUCUAGCCAAUCAGAUCCCACCCGGUCAACCGAACGUGCCGUUUAUUUAGUCCAGCCGGGCUUUUUUUGUUUGUUUAUUUUUGUACUCCACCGCAAAAAAGUGUUUUGCCCUGAGGUCUGUUUCCACGCUAGGCUUAGCUGCACACGCGUCACAAACAUCUCACGUGAAGUCAUGUCUCGCGUAACCUUCAGAGUAUUAUCACAGCUUUCGUCGGGCCGACAAAAAAAAAAAAAAAAAACUGUCUUGUUAGCAUCUCAUACUUAAACCGAGAAACAGUUUUUAAAAAAGUGUCUUAUAAUAUUUACAGCUCUGACGUACUAACAAAAAUCAUGAAGACUGUAGAAAGACAAUGUAUGCCUUUUUUUCUUUUCUUUUUUUUUCUUCUUGUAUUGUGAUAUCAGUGUUUGGUACGUCGUCGAAGGAGUCAAGAAAGAAAGGUUGAUUUCUUUGUGGCAGUGGCGACUGAGAAGAAGUCAAACCUUUCAACGCAUCAGCUAGUUUGUCCCCCAGGAAUCAUUGAGAAGAAGAACAAAAGCCCCCCAUGACGAGGGCGCUGCCCCUAACUUUCUGUUUAAUUCGGGACACUGAUACUUGGGACCCACUGCCACUUCGAUCUCGGCCUCUCUCUACUCUUGUAGACUUCGGUUUGCCCAAAUAUAAAGGGAUUAAAUGUAUUUUACAAAUAAUA